ACCGUCAGCACUGACGGACAAUGCGGUAGUAAUGGUAAGACCUGUGAAGGGUCGACGUUUGGAGAAUGCUGUUCUUCCACAGGCUGGUGUGGUGCCGCAGAUACACACUGCGGCGCUGGUUGUCAGUCCGACUUUGGCGUCUGUUCAGCUGCAGCAAAUGUCACAACCGACGGCUCAUGCGGCAAAAAUGGCAAAGUCUGCAAAGGCUCGAGCUUUGGAGACUGCUGUUCUUCCAGUGGUUUCUGUGGAAGUGGGGAUGGCUUUUGCGGUGCCGGUUGUCUGUCCUCGUUUGGCGACUGCUCUGCUCCAAGCGACAUCUCUACAGAUGGGUCCUGCGGCAAGAACGGGAAAAUCUGUACAGGUUCAACAUUUGGCGACUGCUGCUCAUCAAGCGGCUUUUGCGGUGAGGGCAGCGACCACUGUGGUGCCGGCUGCCAGGCAUUAUUUGGAACUUGCGAUAAUGGCAGCGGCGACAUCUCGACUGAUGGGUCGUGUGGAAAGAACGGCAAGACCUGUAAAGGUUCAACUUACGGAGAUUGCUGCUCGUUAGACGGGUUUUGCGGUUCGACUGAUACUCAUUGCAAAGCAGGAUGCCAAGCCGCGUUCGGUACGUGUGAUACCAGUGCCAGCAACAUAUCUACCGAUGGUUCAUGUGGCAAGAAUGGUAAAACGUGCAAGGGCUCGACGUAUGGAGAUUGUUGUUCGUUGGAAGGAUUCUGCGGUUCAAGCACCACACAUUGCAAGGCGGGAUGCCAAACAGCUUUCGGCACAUGUGAUGCCGAUGCUGGUGCUAUAUCGACUGAUAGUGUCUGUGCUAAGAACGGAAAGACCUGCAAGGGCUCGGCCUUCGGAGACUGUUGUUCUUCAACAAACUUUUGUGGUACAUCAGUGGACCAUUGUGGAGCCGGUUGCAAUGCAGCCUUUGGAACUUGCAACAGCGGGUCCGGCAGUAUUUCGACAGACGGGCUUUGUGGCAGUAAAAACGGCAAGACUUGUGUAGGCUCUGGGUUCGGAAACUGUUGUUCGCUCACUGGCAACUGUGGCAGCACUGGUGUCCACUGUGGUCAAGGAUGCCAAAAGGGUUCUUCGAGUGGUUGCUUGACGAAGAACAUCCCGACAAACGAUGGCUCUUGUGGAGCAAAGGCUGCACUGACAUGUGCAGGCGGCAGCUUUGACGGACAGUGCUGUAGCUUGAACGGGUUUUGUGGAACGAGCUCUGGGCACUGCGGCACAGGAUGUCAACGUGGCUAUGGAAAGUGCAAUUAGAUGGCCGGUGUGCCAGUUCGAAGUAUGCCUAUGGG